AUGAAUCUGUUGAACGCCAACUCGGGCAAGUCCCUUCCAGCCGCAUCAAACUAUCUUGCUCCAGUUGCCCCCGAUCGCCCCGCCCCGGCUCCCGACUUCUCGCGUCGCCCCGGCCCGUCCUCGUCUGCUGCCACCAGCGCGCAGCCUACACCUAGAAAGGGGCAAGGAUUUCGCAAGCAGCACAGGAACCAAAGGCGUCCAGGCCUAGGAGAUCGUAUGGUUCAUUCUCCGCUGGACAGGGACGACGCGUUCGCCGAGAUGCGCGCUGUUCGCAACCCUUCCAGCCGCCGAGGUCAAACCUCGAUCACGCAUUUGCUCAACUAUACGGCCCCACGAACUGCUCGGGAUCACAACUUUCAUCCACGUCCCCAUCGUCGUCACCCUAAUGCUGGCUCAGGCUACCAUGCCGUUGAUAAAUCGCGAUACGUCCAUGCAAACUAUCGUUUCGUUGUCCGGCCAAACGUGUCGUACACGGACCAGGCUGCCGAUGCUGAUUUGUAUAUUGACUGGGCAAAUGUUUUGCAAGUAAUUGCCUCUUCGGAAUCGCAAACUGCUUCGUGCCCGAUAUGCCUUUCAGAGCCUGUUGCCCCUCGAAUGGCUCGCUGUGGCCACAUAUUUUGCUUGCCAUGCCUGAUCCGCUUCAUGGUCACGACCACAAAUGAGGAAGAUGCCAAGUCUGGCAAAAUCGCAAAAUGGAAGAAGUGCCCCAUCUGCGAAGACAGCGUGUAUAUGCAGGAGGUACGACCUGUGCGAUUCUACGCAGGACAGGAGAGUCCCCUUCCACGACCCGGAGAUGACGUUGUGCUCCGGCUCAUGGCACGCAAGGCAAACUCGACACUCGCGCUUCCCAGAGAAGGGGGUGUCGAUGUCAUCAAUUCCAGCGACGAUGUACCUUGGCAUUUCGCUGCCAAUGUUCUUGACUAUGCUCGCAUCAUGAAAGGAACAACAGAAUACAUGACCGAACAAUACGAAGGGGAAGUUGCUGCCCUCAAAAAGCAGGAAAAGGAAGAUGAAGAUCUAUUCGGCCAAGAUGGCGUUUGGAUGCAGCGAGCUGUAAAAGCUGUCAAAUCCUUGCUGGAAGGCAUUGACGACCUCACUGACGUGGCUGCGGCAACGCUGGCGACGAAUAGAGUUCGCGGGAAACCGAUGUCAGACUCGGAUUUUUACUUUUACAGCACACCCCCGCAUCUAUAUCUGUCUCCAUUGGAUAUCCGCAUCCUCAAGACCAAGUAUGGGUCCUUUUCCUCGUUUCCGUCCUCUUUGCUCCCGACCCUUGAACACAUUUCGACAGGCCAUGUGGUCGAUGAUAAUCUGCGAAAGCGAGCCAAAUACCUUGGCCAUCUUCCUCAAGGAUGUGUUAUCAGCUUCCUAGAAUGCGAUUGGACGGAUAUUGUCCCGGAGGAUACGCUCUCAACCUUUGCUUCGGAUAUCGCCAAGCGUCGCAAGCGUAAUACGGAUAAGGCUGCGCAAGAGGAACUUAAGCGGAUCAACGCAGAACGUUUAGAGGCCGCGGCUUUACACAGUUCUGCCGGUAUAUCUAUUCCCCAUCAGGGCAUAGAAGAAGACGGACCACCAGCCAUGGAUAUCUCAGAAUUUCAGCCUUUGAAUGGACCAUCAAGCGCUACGCCACCGGAAGAUCGCCUCGGCUUCAAUCCCCUAGCAUGCAUGUCCACGAGCCCAACUGGAGAGCGAACUGUUUGGGGUACUGUCGCAGUGCCUGCCUCUCCAGAAAUGGGGUCAACGCAUGCUGAAUCCAGAAAUGACGGAUGGCUCAACGAAGCCGAGCUCUUGUCCAAUGCUGAGCUUUCUAUGGACCUGGAGGCUAUCCACAUUGCAGAGCAAGAGGGAGGGGCCAAACCUGAGAAUGGUGGCUCCGCAGGGGGUGGUAAGAAGAAGAAGAAGCAGAAGAUUACUCUCAUGAGUACUGGCGGCCGCAGAGGAUUUUAG